AUGGCAGCGCUGCGCGAGUUGUUGCUGGCCGCAGAGCGCAGCCCUCAGCCUCUCGACGACGCGAUUCUGUCGUUCGCCCGCUCCCUGUUGCUGUAUCCUCCAGCUACUGACACGUCGCCGCCCAUUCCGCCGUCCCAAGACGAUGCAUCGUCACUGAGUCGUCAGUUUCUAGCCAUCCAUCCUCAAGGAGAGCUCUUCCUUGCGCGUCAGCAAUUGGACGCUGCUCAAGCCGAAGCUUUUGCGCUCCGAGUCGUGCGGGAGAAGAUGGUGCAGUUAGAGAAGCUCUUGAGCUGGAGCGACAAGCCGUGGAUUGAGUUUCGAGUACUGGAGCUAAUGGCGGCCGUGACAAAAGUGAGCACUGUCACCGCGCGAGAAUUCGUGCGCGUGUUUAAUUUCCAGUGUCCAGCGUUUGUUAAGUUGGCGACGAGACGGUGGAAGAAAAGUGAGGACGAAGGACGCGAUAAAACGAACGAACAACACGCUCCGGUGCAGCUGCGAGCAGCCUAUGUGGACUUGGUGAUGGCGCUGACAGCGUGUCCGGAUAAGAGCGUGCAUCGCUUUGCGAUGAAAGAAGGAGGUGUGACAGCAUCGUUGUUUAAGAGCGUGGAUGGCGAUUCAAUAGAGAUGCUGACGACGCUUUUCACGAGACUGGGGGAAACUGUGUUAUACAAUAACGACGUCGAGCGCAAAAGCAAGCUGGUUGUGUAUAACGGUACUUGUGUGCAUCAAGUGUUGGCGCUAUUGCAUGUGGAAGGCGAUGCGAGUGUGCGGAACACGGCGCUGGGGGUGCUGAAUGCACUGUUCUUUGAAGACAGCGCGCUAUACGUAGUCCCACGGAAACAAGCGUUGCGGCUCUUUUUGUCCAAAACAACAAGUGCACACAGUGGCGAGGAGGCAAUUACGUCGGAAGAAGCGUACGCAGUCAAGGUGAUUCGGAAUGCUGUCGCGACAAUUGGUGUGAACGAACUUUUGCGCAGUGCACAAGCACAAGCACUUGUAAUGCGGUUUCUUGCAGAAUACCCAGGGUUUUUGUCGGAAUACCUUGCUGCGCUAUCACUUCAGCUUGAGCCGAAGCCAGUUUUCCGAUGGUUCUGUGUUGCCUCUAUCGUGCAGAAGCUGCUGUCGUGCUCGUUGGAUGCGAUGGCGGUGGGAAUGCCCACGAACGAAAAUCAAGACGCUCUGCAAUCGUGGUGUUCUCCUCAGAUCUUAGCGUCUCGGCUUAUUGCGCCAGGAAACUUCCGCAAGGAGCUCUCCCGCGGCAUCCAGCACAGCAGCAAUUUAGUGGUCUACUCGUGUCUCUGUGUAAUCGAGGCGAUGCUAAAUCGGUUUGUGCGCGUUGCCCCUUUGUUACCAUCGUCGGGCUUUGCUUCCGAAGUGUGCUCGGAGCUACGAUUUCUUCUACCGAGCCCGGAGGCGCUUGUCUCGUUGGUGCUCAAGUUAGGUGCCUCACAACAGCGAAGCGUUGCACUUGUUUACGUGCGCGCUCUCACAGUGUUUCGCCUCUACAUGGAGUGUCUUCCCCAAGCUAUGCGUGAGAUAAAGGUUGAUUUCACGAAGAUGCUGACGUGGCAUUACUUGGAUUGCCCUGCCGAUAAUAGUGCUAAGGGCGUCGUGUUGACGACACCUCUGCAGAGCUUGAUCGUUAGUGAGAUAUUGCGAUUUCUGCUAGCUAUAGACACCUCACGUCUGCGAUUUCUCUUCACCAGUGGUAGCUCUGAUCAUCGCUCCAGGCUCCAGCAGAUGCUGUUAUUGUACGUCUCAACUACAAGUUUAUCCGUGCAAGAGCUUGCAUGUCAGGUGCUUCGGCGAACUUUGCGGGCUUCGGACAUCUUUGGGCUGACAACGCAAGGAGAAGAGGGGCACGAUAUUGCUGGUCUUGCAAACAAUGAAGUUUCAUUCUGGCUCGAGAGUUUAUGUCAGGGUGGAGGGAAGGUCUGCGCCUUAUUUACAGAACAGCUCGCAUGUGUUGUGAUGGCCGAUCCACUCAAAUAUGUCGCAAUUGGUAGCCGUGUGGUAAACGCCGCGUCGUCUUCGUCUUCUCUCAGUCCAAUAACUGUGGCGCUGGUUGAAUUUCUCAGUUCGUGCAGCGGAGUAGCUGGAAGCUUGGACCUGUCUGCAUAUCGUGCUGACAAGUGUGUCGUAGCGUUUGCUGUACGUAUUUUGCUAGCAUUGAUGCCAACCAGCAAGCAUCCCCAGCAGUUGGUCAAGUUGAUCGCAAGUAACGAUGCUUUUGCGGAUACGGUUAUUGCACCUAAAAUGCAUCAAAACGAGGACGAGAAUAUCUGCAGCAAUAGUGUGAAAAACAAGAAGCGAAAGCGGUCGGAUGAGAUUCUAUGUGAAGGUGAUGCUUACAUGUGGCUUAAGACGACUUGCGAUGCACUUGUAUCCGGAACAUGCAAGUCCAGCAACGUUGCCUCUCGUGGAAAGGGGACCAAAAAUGCAGGCACGAAGUGGCACCGUCAUAGUGACGUCAAUAUGCUGACUGCCGCAUUAGUUGAGCUGACGCCAUCGAGCUUCGUUACAUCCUGGGAUCACAUUAUUAGCAACUGCGCUGAAGUCGCAGCAAAUUUCAGCCCCGUUGUUCAUUACCUGUCCGGACGAGGAGACGUAGACAUUCUCUCGCUGUUAAGCCGACCUGUGGCGCAAUUGGUGACGUUAAGCAAGGAGCGACGACAACGCCAGACGUCCGAUUCGUCUCCUACUGAAACAUUUACAAAGGUGGUGCCUUUGUACAUUGUCCUUCAGCAUGCGCUUUUCCGCAUCUCCAAUCGAGACUGCAAAGAUCAAGACUCGACGAUUGCUGUGAUGAUGAGCGUGGUGAAGGGUCGAGUUGAAAAUAAUCUUUUGGCAGUAACGGAUGCAGCGCGCAUGUGCGAACAGCUACUGUUCUUUUUCGCAUUACGGAACCAUGGCUUCUCCGAAAACGGAUACUCGCGACUUUGUGAGCUGUUUUCAAAUUUGCUGACGAUCUGCAUUGUUCACGGUGAAAACGGAUUGACAUCCAACACCGUUUCACGUAUUUUCUUCAAACUUCAAGCAGUGAUUUCCAGUAAUGCUAGCUCAGGCUCGUGGCGUCAGCUAUACGCCGUAAAAAUUGUGGCUUUGCGAGUUUACUCCAGCAUCAACCCGGACUCAAACUUGGCAGCGCUGUGCGAUUUCGGUGAUCUGUUUCAACGUGCAGGCGUUCCCCUCGUGGCUGUGUUAGCGUCACGUGCUCCUCCCAGUACUCGUAUUCCGGUACUUUACAGCCUUCUACAGCAUUCCGGUGCUCGAAUUAUUGCCGCUCCACACGCAGUACUCGUCGAGCGUGUACUCCAAUCGCUUCGAAAUUGUGAGAUGGGUGAGCAUUUCCGAUCCAUCAUCGUCCAUAAGCGCACGAAGUUGCUCAAGCAGAAGCUCUGGCUGCUACUGUGCAGCGAAAGCAGCCAGCGAAAGCUGCCGUUUCUUAUGGAUGGAUUCACGGUACUGGGACAGCUAGGUGGUGUCGAUGCUUCAACAGCCUUGCCAUUUAUCGCGACUUCCCUUGUGCCCCUUGUGGUGCAAAGUGCGCAUGCGACGUCAAGCCGUAACCACUGCACCGAAAUGGUGAAAGCAAUGAUUGCAGCUCUUCGAAGCGGUGAAGAGGUUGCGGCGUUUCCGGUCAUUUUUGAGGAGCAGCUCUGGAAGCAGAUUCAGCAUGGGACGGAUCAGCGAGUGGUAUGUCGAUUGGUAGGGGCACUAUAUGAUGUAUUCGCGCGAGUCGUGCAUCCUGAGCUACGUCAACUUUCUGACGACUUGAUCCCAGCCUGUUAUCAGCGUGUGUUACUCAAGUCUCACGAAGGAUGUACUGCAGAGCUUGCACUGGUAAGGCAUCUGUGUACUGAUGCGUCCUCGAGUGGUAACGCAAGUGCGUUCGGUGCGUCUCUUGGUGGCGCACUGCAGGAGUUAGCAAGCUCUCAAUGCGAUGAGACUUUGUCGUCCUCGCAGCUGCUUGCCCUUCUCUUUCUAUCGCGCAGCAGCGGUUUUGAUGACAGCAAUGCCGUAGAUCUGCUGGCAAUCCUUAUUCGAAGCGGAGUGGGUAGACUGAAGGCAGCGCAAACCAAAUUGGACCAGCAUGCCGAAAACGAAUGUGAUAGCCUGCCUCAUGAUUUUGAGGCCACGAUGCUUAUGGUGGGGAGUGUUAUCAGAUACCUGCAGCAUCAAGUGCCUGAGAAGCAGUCGUUGGCUUUAAAACUGGUUCUUCCACUUUUUGCUGCGAUCUGUGAAGGUGUCCGAGAAAGCACGAGCAAGCUUGCGUUCGCAGAGUUUGUGAUUUUGACAGCGGCGUUGUUACGUCUAGCGGGGAAUGACGCCAAUGCGAUCGACUACGAUUUUGCAGCUCACUUUGAUGCGGUCGUACAACACCCGUGCUUCACGACGAGUCUGCAAAACGGCAAGAACAAAGAAGUACAGCUCUUGAUCGCUCAGGUGGUUGCGCAACUUGUCCGCAUCACUGGGAAGUAUACUCGUCCUCUUUUGCAGAUACUGCUAGCCUCAUAUUCGAUGUCGCUUUCACCUUUUGAUCGCAGUUUGCGGGUGCUGUUUGAAGAGUUUGAAGCUCAGAAGAUAGAUGGACUUACAUUGGCGAGCAUGGGCUUCCGCUUUGGCGCAUCUUCUACGAUUUUGCCAGCAACAGCAUUGCCAGUGUCAUCGAAAGGGUCUCACAACGACCUGGUUGACGACUCAGCCUGGGUUCUCGGAGGAGGUCUUGAGCAAGAUCGUGUUCGUGCCACUAUUGAGCACUUCCCGCUCACGCGUACAAUUUCAACGACUAGCGAUGCACAUCUCCUGAAUCUGGACGAAGACUUCUUUGCUGGUGAUACUGGCGACGAAGCUGCGCAGGCCCUGAUUGUUGAUGGUGAGCAGACGAUAGAAGGCUACGACCCAGCAUUCCUCCUACCGAUGCUGUCGUAUUUCAUCUCGUCAUCGGACUUGCCUGAUGGUGGCAUCGUGCAGCAAGGAUUACUGGGAAUUGCCAUUCGUGCUACAUCGUCUGAUGUUGAGGAUAUGCGCAAGUAUGCUUUCGGCAUCUUAGCACAUUUGCAUGAGUCGUUGCAAGCCUCAUCCGAAACGUCGAGCGACUUCAAGGCGGGGCGCCAGGUGCAUCUUUUGCUAGAUGUAUUUCGCCGUGGAAUCGCGGAGGAACUGAAGCAAGUGCCGUCGCUGGUGACGGUGUUUCUCAAUGACGCCUUGGCUGUUUUAACCCGUCCGACACAUGUGCUGUACCCGCAAGUGAAUCACUUCCUGCUGGCGCGCCCCGCGAUGGAUGUGGCUGACGUGCCAAUGUUCUACUCGCUAUUCAACAGCCGCGCACCUUUGACUUUUCGGCAAGAGCGAUCGUGGCUCCUUCACACACUUCGUCACGGCAUACGCACCGAUGACGAUGUGGUGCUGCUUGUCCGCCGCCACGUUCUUCCGAUGCUGUUGAGUUUCUAUGCUUCUGAGCUGGCAGAUACGCACACCCAGCCGCUGAUCACGAACAUUCUCAUUGCAACACUAGACACGCUAUCAGGUGGUGUUCAUCUAGUGACAAAGACAGCUCUGUUGGCAUGGUUAGCGGCCCAAUUCUUGCGAUACGGAGCUGUGUCUUUGUCAACGAAAAGUCGCAGCGAUAAGUCGAUCGGGUCAACAACACGUCCAGCUUUAUCAGCGCUACUGCUUCCACUGAUGACGGUGUUCGAGCAAGCACUGCGCGAUGGGAUCUGGAAUGCUCUGGACGUCACUUAUCAACGUGCGGCAGCUCUGCAAGCAGCAAAUGCGUUUGCAUGUCUGCAUACAGCAAUUGUCGGAACCAAGAUUGACCGUCCAGCUUCGAGCAAAGCUGCUGUCAUUGCAACAUUAGUUGUUCGUCGCGCUGGUCACGUGUGCUCGCUCGAGUUGCUGCUCGGUGCUGUCGAAGUGGUCCAGCAAAACUCUGCCAAGUCUGAGAGCGCCUGUAUCGGGUUGGCCGAGCUAGUAGCCAGCAAUCUCACGCGAUGGCUGCUGCAACAACAUCAUUUCGAAGCUCGGAAGCAGCGCUUCCAGGACUGGGCUCUUCUACUGCGUCAAGUAGCUUCCGUGCUUGUCUCUUGUGGCAAUAACGUGGUUUUAACGAAGCAGCAGCGCGCGAGGUGUUCCCUUGACCAGAUCAAGUCGGUGCUGGACCAACUGCCGACACUGAAACAGCUUGUGGUAGCACCUGCGACAACGAACGGCUCGAGUGUUUCUGCGCCUGCACUAUUCUAG